CAAAACAAAAAACUAUUAUUUUGUCAAAAACUCAAGUGCAGUGAACGAGCUCCCGCAAAAUUACUAAUUUCCCUGAUUUAGAUGGUUUAAUUUAGAAAGAUGGCUCAAGAACAAGCAACUCCUUUUUCCUAUAAAUGCGUGCUGAUCGGCGAUGGAGCUACUGGUAAAACAUCAUUUUUAAGACGUCAUUUGACAGGAGAAUAUAUCCCAAAUUAUAAUCCUACCGUGGGUGUGGACGUUCACAACCUGCAAUUCUGUACCAAUCGUGGCCCGAUUAUGUUUAACGUAUGGGACACCGCUGGCCAAGAGAAAUUUGUGGGACUUAAAGACGGAUAUUAUGUCCAAGCGCAUUGUGCCAUUAUUAUGUUCGAUGUCACAUCUAAUGUCACAUUCAGCAACGCGGUGAACUGGUAUAAGGAUCUUGUCCAGGUUUGCAAGAAUAUUCCCACUGUCCUGUGUGGUAACAAAGGUGACUCGAGAGACAAACGGGAAAAGUCGACGUAUUCCUAUCUUAGGAGCCAUAAAAUGAAAAAAUUGCAGUAUUUUGAAAUAUCGGUAAAGACAAAUUACAAUUUGAAAACCCCUUUUCUAUGGAUAAUAAGAAAAUUGAUCGGCGACAUGGACUUGGAGCUAAUUCGGCUUCCAAAAUUAUCGAUUGUACAAAAUUUUAGUACAGGGAAAUGUAUGGACAAUAAAUUAACGACUGAAAACGGUACGAAAAGGAACUUGACUGAGGAAAACACUGCUAACGUUUCGGAAGACUCUGCACUCACUGAUGACGGACAUUCUAAAGAUGAUGCUUAAGAUGGAAAUUAUUGAAUUAAAAUAAAUUUAUUAUGAGACGUAA